AUACAAAUAAUUCUAUACUGGAGAGUGAUGAAAGCCAUGUGAAAACAAAAACAAAGGUCGAAAUUUCCUACCUAUUUAUUUGUAUUUCUCUCAUAAAAAUAAUAUAUAAAAAUCCACCCAGUUUCUUCAGUCCUUUCUUUCUCCCUGGAUCUUUUGUAUACAUCUCAAUUUUUACAGUAUUCAUAUCCCCUCCCUUCUCUGUCUCGUCUACCGCACACAUCCACUCGUACAAUUUUCAUCUUCUGUCAGCACUGUCACUUUCAGAAAUGGGAAGUUCUGAGGAGAAAGUUGUGGCUGUGAUCAUGGUCGGUGGACCAACCAAAGGAACACGUUUCCGCCCUUUGUCAUUGAAUAUCCCAAAACCACUUUUUCCAUUAGCGGGACAGCCAAUGGUUCAUCAUCCGAUCUCUGCCUGUAAAAGGAUUCCAAACCUAGUGCAGAUCUACCUCAUUGGCUUCUAUGAGGAGCGUGAAUUUGCUAUAUAUGUCUCCUCAAUCUCGAAUGAACUAAGAAUGCCUGUGAGAUACCUGAAGGAGGACAAACCACAUGGUUCAGCUGGAGGCCUUUACAACUUUAGGGAUCUGCUUAUGGAAGACAGUCCGUCACAUAUAUUUUUGCUGAACUGCGACGUUUGCUGUAGUUUUCCACUGCCUGAGAUGCUCGAGGCUCAUAGAAGAUAUGGUGGAAUUGGAACCAUUCUUGUCAGCAAGGUGUCUGCUGAGACAGCCAGUGAAUUUGGUGAACUGGUCGCUGACCCCAUUACCAAUGAACUGUUGCAUUACACAGAGAAACCUGAAACUUUUGUGAGUGACCGCAUCAACUGUGGUGUGUACGUAUUUACACCAGAUAUCUUCGAUGCUAUUCAAGGAGUAUCCACUCAGAGAAAAGACAGAGCUAAUCUAAGGCGUGUAUCCAGCUUUGAAGCUCUUCAGCCAGUAAAUAGGAGUCUUCCAACAGACUUUGUACGGUUGGAUCAAGAUAUUUUGACACCUCUUUCAGGGAAGAAGCAGCUAUAUACCUAUGAAACCAUGGAUUUCUGGGAGCAAAUUAAAACACCAGGAAUGUCUUUGAAGUGCUCCGGUCUCUACCUGGCUCAAUAUAGUUCCACCUCACCCCAUCUUUUGGCAAGUGGAGAUGGCUCAAAGACUGCAACCAUAAGCGGUGAUGUUUAUAUCCAUCCAUCUGCUAAAGUUCAUCCAACUGCAAAGAUUGGUCCAAAUGUUUCAAUUUCUGCUAAUGCUCGUAUUGGAGCUGGUGCCAGGCUCAUCAGUUGUAUUAUCCUUGAUGAUGUUGAAAUCAAGGAAAAUGCGGUUGUUAUUCAUGCAAUUGUUGGCUGGAAGUCUUCAAUUGGCAGAUGGUCAAGAGUCCAGGGUGCAGGAGACUACAACACAAAGCUCGGGAUCACAAUUCUUGGUGAAUCUGUGUCUGUCGAGGAUGAAGUAGUGGUAAUCAACAGCAUUGUGCUGCCAAACAAGACUCUUAAUGUGAGUGUCCAAGAAGAGAUCCUACUUUAAGCGCAAUGAGAUGAAUUUGGCAGUGCCCUUAUUGCUUAUUUUAUGUAUGUAUUGUUUGUACAUUUGAAUACAGAACAAUUUUGCUAGUUUACUGUUUAUUUGUAAUUUUCCCUAGUAAGAGACUGCAAUAAACCCUUUUCUUAAUUUUAUUUUUGGUCGA